AUGAAGCUGUACUGCUUGUCUGGGCAUCCGACUUUACCAUGCAACGUACUCAAGUUCAAAUCUACCACCAUCAUGUUGGACUGUGGGCUCGAUAUGACCUCAGCUCUCAACUUUCUCCCGCUGCCUUUGGCCCAGAGUCCAAGGCUAUCCAAGCUCCCAGGAUGGAUCUUAAAAGAUGGAAGCAUUUUCUUGGACAAGGAGCUGAAAGACUGUUCUGGCCGUGUCUUUGUGGACUCUGUCCCUGAGUUUUGUUUGCCAGAGAUGGAACUGAUUGACCUGUCUACAGUGGAUGUGAUCCUGAUCUCCAAUUACCACUGCAUGAUGGCCUUGCCCUACAUCACAGAACACACUGGGUUCACUGGAACUGUGUAUGCCACUGAGCCAACAGUGCAGAUCGGCAGGCUCCUUAUGGAGGAAUUGGUCAACUUUAUAGAGCGAGUGCCGAAGGCUCAGUCUGCCUCCUUGUGGAAGAAUAAGGAGGUGCAGCGGAUGCUUCCUGCACCCCUGAAAGAUGCUGUCGAAGUUGCAACAUGGAGAAGAUGCUACAAUAUGCAGGAAGUUAACUCUGCACUCAGUAAGAUCCAGCUGGUGGGAUAUUCCCAGAAAAUUGAGCUUUUUGGUGCAGUACAGGUCUCUCCUCUCAGUUCUGGAUAUGCACUGGGCAGCUCCAAUUGGAUCAUCCAGUCACAUUAUGAGAAGGUUUCCUAUGUCUCAGGAUCCUCACUCCUGACAACUCAUCCACAGCCCAUGGACCAGGCUUCUCUUAAGAACAGUGAUGUUCUUAUCCUGACUGGACUCACCCAGAUUCCCACAGCUAAUCCGGAUGGAAUGGUGGGCGAAUUUUGCAGUAACCUUGCUCUUACAGUUCGAAAUGGGGGAAACGUGCUGGUCCCUUGCUAUCCCUCUGGAGUGAUCUAUGAUCUUUUGGAGUGUCUCUAUCAGUACAUUGAUUCUGCUGGCCUUUCCAACAUCCUCUUCUACUUCAUUUCACCUGUGGCAAACAGCUCUCUUGAGUUUUCCCAGAUCUUUGCCGAAUGGUUAUGUCACAACAAGCAGACAAAAGUAUACCUACCAGAACCUCCCUUUCCUCAUGCAGAGCUCAUCCAGUCAAACAAACUGAAGCAUUACCCCAGCAUCCAUGGAGAUUUUAGUAAUGACUUCAAGCAGCCUUGUGUGGUAUUCACUGGUCAUCCCUCGCUUCGGUUUGGCGAUGUGGUGCAUUUCAUGGAACUGUGGGGGAAAUCCAGUCUCAACACUGUUAUAUUUACAGAGCCUGAUUUCUCUUAUCUGGAUGCAUUGGCCCCCUACCAGCCACUGGCCAUGAAGUGCAUCUAUUGUCCUAUAGAUACCAGGCUGAAUUUUAUCCAGGUGUCCAAACUACUCAAAGAAGUACAGCCUCUCCAUGUGGUUUGUCCUGAGCAAUAUACUCAGCCUCCUCCAACCCAAUCCCAUCGCACAGAUUUAAUGGUUGACUGCAUGCCUCCACCCAUGUCCUACCGUAGAGCAGAGGUGCUAACUCUUCCAUUCAAACGCCGCUAUGAGAAGAUUGAAAUCACCCCAGAGCUUGCAGAUUCACUGGUACCCACCGAGAUGAAACCAGGAAUUUCCUUGGCAACUGUUAGUGCUGUUUUGCACACUAAAGACAACAAGCAUGUACUCCAGCUCCCACCAAAACUUCCCCAGCCUCAGCCUGGCAAAAAGAGGAAGAGAGUAACAGAUGAUGUGCCGGAACUCAAGCCUACCAAACCUCUCCUAAGUGGUUCUAUCCCAGUAGACCAACUGGUACAGACUCUGGAAAAGCAUGGCUUCAGCGACAUCAAAGUGGAAGAUACCCCGAAAGGACAUCUGGUGCUAUUCCAGGAUGUGGAAACUCUAAUCCGCAUUGAAGAAGAUUCGACGCACAUCAUGUGUGAGAAUGAUGAGUCACUUAGGGUGAAGCUGCAGGACCUCGUCCUCAAAUUCCUGCAGAAAUUCUAGACUUUAUCCUGCCAAAGUCACACGCCCUGCUCUCCUUAGCUUACUGAAGAGGGAGAAGCCUAAACCAAGGAUUUGGGGUUACAAGGUAGGGGAGCAAGCUUGAAAAUCAGGCCUGCAGGCCAACAGGUAGGUGUGCUAUUCUCUCUCCUGAAAGGAAGAUGAUAAGAACCACUGUUCAUGCGAGGCAAAGUUAAGGAGACCUGGUUUAUUCUAUCUAGAUACCUUGCUAUAAAAAUACCCUUCUGUUUAUUAACUGCAGCAUAAAAGAUGGGAUUUAGCUGAUAUUACAACUGCAGCAGAAUUCAGAACUGUUGAUGAACAGCCUUUUCUGCCAAUUGAGGGAGAAAUAAAUGUUAAAGAUGUAUUUAGUUUCAAAUUUAAUUUUAUUUUUUUAAAGUUUGUAAUACUGAACUUCUUGAUACAGGCCUGAUACAGACCCUAAUAAAAUACAGACCUGCUUGGUUUUAACUGAUGGCUCAUUUUAAAUACAUGAUAAACAUAAUGCUAAGAAAUUACUUCUUAGCCAAAGGUUAUUCAGAAGCGGCAUGUAUGGAAGUAGCAUCAACGAUAGAACAAAUAUCCAAUUCCCCCCCUGACCUCACCUCAAAUUUGAAAGCAUACUCUUAAUUUGUCUACUGUUUAUAAGAACUAAAAUAAGAGAAGAUAAUCAUCAGAUCUGGGAGUGAUGGAACUUUCUAUGAGUUCAUGUGAUUAGAGUUGUGGAAAAAAUAUUCUACCUUAUAUUCUACAAACCUGAUGUCACUCGUGUAAUUGCUUCCAUAAUCUCAUGAAGCUUAUUUGACCAGUUCAGAUUAUGAAACACUUUUGUCUUCUUUAGACUCAGAGAUCAAGCAAUAGCACUGAGACAGCUUCAUGGGGUUUAACAGCUCUCUCUCUAAGCAUAUUGCCCCCAACAAUCUGGGUCCUCAUUUUACCGAUCUCAGAAGGAUGGAAGGCUGAGUCAACCUUGAGCCGUUGAGAAUCAAACUGCUGGCAGUCGGCAGAAUUAGCCUGCAAUACUGCAUUCUAACCACUGCGCCACCACAGCCCUGAAAAUAAUCUCACGUCAAGCUCUCCUGACUCAUGAAUCAUGAACAUAAACAUGAUUUUUAUUUAAAAGUACAUUGGAACUUACAUGGUAAUUGUAAGUCUUAACUCUUAAGUAGUGCCCUGCUUACAAUAGCAUGUGUAUACUUUCUUUUUCUGGUCAGGCAGAAAUAUUACUAUUAUACAAGACUAGUCGUCGUAAUGUACAACUUUCUCCUAUUGCUUUUUUUUCUUUUGGAGAAAAAAAAAAGAAAUCCUCUAACAAUUCAUUUGGGGAAGGAGUUGUGAAUUGCACUACUUCUUCCUCAAUUCCUGGCCCAAUCAUGCAGAAAAUGAAUAUCUAGUCAGCUACAAUGAAAAGCUUAGUUAAAUGAUCAAAGGGUAGAGCAGUUGCUGCUAGUCGAGGUCCCGUUGUCAUAAUUUGGCCCCAGGAUAGCUAUUUAAGACCUGCUAAUCUUCUGUUCCAUUCCUGAACAGACCCUGCAUAAUAAACUUUUUUCCUUUCCUUGCUUGGUUCUUGAAAGGGCAAAUUUUGGCUUAUCUGUGAAUACUACUAAAACAGGCACCAGUUUUAUUAUUGACCUCAAAUGAAAGAGGCUUGAGGGGAUUUUUCCCAUCAUUAUCCCCCUCCUCCCCAGGCUAUAAUACAGCCUCGGCACACUUUAUGUCAAAGUACUGCAAAGCCCACAGAGAGAGGUUUGACUGCCUGUGGCUGAGAUAUGACAACAGCUUUACAAAGCAUGAGAAGAAAAGCUAUUAUUGCUUCCAACAGUUGGUGACGCAGGUUACAUGCCCAUCACAUUUAUGUUAACUUGAAAUAACACAGAUGCAAACAAAUUGGAACAGCAAGGGGCCAGAGACCUCCCCUACUAAGAAGCAAUGCACAAAAGUCGAUGUCUGAAAUCAGAAACGUAUUUCCCACUGGGGACCCCAGCAAGUCUACAAUUACUUAGUAAACACAGUGGAGCAUGAAUAUACAGAGGCACAAAAUGAAAAGGCUUCACCACAAGCCCCCUUGCCCACCCUCCCCCCGCCUGCCCUCUUACUGUAUCUAGCUGGGUUUUGCAAUUUUCCUCCCAAAUUGUGUUCCCUCUUUAAAAACUAAUGUUCCGUCAAUAGGCAGUUCCUUCAAGUUUGGCAGGUGGAUGUCAACCCCAAAUUGGGGUGAAGUCUUUUUUUUCCCUCCAGUUCCAUUAAACUGUAAUUGUUUUCUCAUCUUGGGAAAGCAGGCCUUGUUUUAGCUUUUAGUUAUGUUAAUAAAGAAAAGAUGGAAGGAGAAUUCAAUAGGCAGCAGUAGGGGGAUCCCAGGAUUUUACUCAAUGGCCAGAAAAGGACAGAAAAUAUGCAACAUCUGUAUGGCAAAUAACCAUUGCUUUCUGUACAAAACAAAACUACCUAGCCCUUAUGUGAAUACAGAUGGGGCUAGGGUUACUGAAUAAGACACCUAAUGUUUGGACGUGGAAUUAGCUGCUCUGCUCCUGUUUCUAAUAAAGCACUAGGAAAAAUAUAUGUAUCUAUGUGUCUGUGUGUAUAUACAGGGGAGGGGGGGGGAAGGAGGGAGGGAGAAGGUCAUGAAAAUUUUUCUGCUUAGGGAAGCUAACAGGCAAUGAAAGAAGGAAUAUUAUCUCAAAAAAGAUGACAUCAUGGAUUAGUAAGAAGAGUGAUCUGAUUUUUUUUCAGUGGAAGACUAUAUGCUUUUGAUUUCUAUUACCAUAUUGAAAAUAAUUUUAUAACCCGGUAGAACAGGCCAUCAGACAGGAAGAGCAUGGAAGACUAUAUCAUCACCAUCAUCAUCCAUACAGAAAGAUGGUGCCCAAGGAGAAACAUGAGUCUCAAAACAUAGUGAAAAGAUGUUCUUCAAAGGACCAAAUAGUAGUCUAGGUCAGUAUUUGGAAAGAGACUGUCUGGA